GCAGAGAUUGGCAUUUCUAUAUUAGGAAAGUGACCGUGUCAUUUUUUCCCUUGUCUGGUAAGAGGAGUCUUCACUCAGGCGUAUGGCAAGUUUUAGCAUACAGAAAGAAUGUAUAAGUCAAGUACAACCACAUUCGCAAAAAGCGUGGCUGCAUGUUUGUUUGUUUGCUUGCUUGCUGAUCUGCCUGUAUUACUGCAUUAUAUCGGACAGUUUAUUGAAGGAAACGUUGUCACCUCGUUUGGGGAGAUGCUUUUAAGAAGUUGUUUUUAUGCGCAGUCUGUAGCCCGUUCGCAGGUUGGUGCGAUAUUUGUUUUGCAGCGGCACGCCGCAGACCCUGUGAUCCAAAAUGAACGCGAUGAGUCGCAGCAUCGUGCGCCAGAGCAAGUUUCGCCACGUCUUCGGGCAGGCGGCGAAAGCGGAGCAGAGCUACGAUGACAUCCGCGUCUCCAAGGUUACUUGGGACAGCUCCUUCUGCGCCGUCAACCCCAAGUUCCUGGCCGUCAUCGUGGAGUCCAGCGGUGGGGGUGCCAUCCUGGUGCUGCCCCUAUCCAAGACGGGACGUCUGGAUAAAAGCUACCCCCUAGUGGCAGGUCACUCAGGCCCCGUCCUGGACAUCGACUGGUGUCCCCACAACGACAACAUCCUGGCCAGCUGCUCCGAGGACUGCACCGCCAUGGUGUGGCAGGUCCCGGACCACACCCCCGUGCGCCACCUGACUGAGCCCGUCGUCAUCCUGGAGGGGCACUCCAAGCGUGUGGGCAUCAUCAGCUGGCACCCCACAGCCCGAAACAUCCUCCUCACCGCAGGCAGUGAUAACCUGAUCAUCAUCUGGAAUGUCGGAACAGGGGAGCCCCUGAUCUCCAUGGACGACCACCCCGACCUCAUCUACAGCGUCUGCUGGAACCGUAACGGAAGCCUCUUCUGCACCACCUGCAAGGACCGACGGCUGCGUGUGUGUGACCCGCGCAAGGGCGAUGUGGUGGCGGAGCGGCUGGCCCCCCACGAGGGCAUCCGGCCGAUGAGAGCCAUCUACACCAGAGAGGGACACAUCUUCACCACAGGCUUCACUCGAAUGAGUCAGAGGGAACUGGGCCUUUGGGACCCGACGAGUUUUGAGGAGCCCAUCGCUCUGCUGGAGAUGGACACCAGCAAUGGGGUCCUGCUGCCGUUCUACGACGCAGACACCAACAUUGUGUACCUGUGUGGAAAGGGUGAUAGCAGCAUCCGGUAUUUUGAGAUCACGGACGAGCACCCGUAUGUCCACUACCUCAGCACCUAUAGCAGCAAGGAGCCCCAGCGGGGAAUGGGCUUCAUGCCCAAGAGAGGCGUCGACGUCAGCAAGUGUGAGAUUGCCAGGUUGUACAAGCUUCAUGAGCGAAAGUGCGAGCCCAUCAUGAUGACUGUGCCCAGGAAGUCAGACCUGUUCCAGGACGAUCUGUACCCGGAUACAGCGGGCCCAGAACCUGCGCUGGAACCUGAGGAGUGGCUGGCGGGCCGGGAUGAGGGUCCAGUGCUGGUAUCCCUGCGGGAGGGUUACGUGCCCCCAAAGAGCCGGGAGCUCAAGGUGGCCAGGAAGAACAUUCUGGACUCACGGCCUGUGCCGCGUCGGACCAUGUCUUCCUGCGACGGCAGCAGCCUGCCACCCCAGUUUGUGGAGAAGCUGCUGGAGGAAAUACAAAGUCUGAAGGCUACCGUCCUCUCUCAGGAAAAGCGAAUUUGUGACCUGGAGAACAAGCUUUCAAAAUAUACCAAUGGCACAGCUUGAACUCUGCCCCCCUCCAACUGCACAGCCAAUCAAAGUUUCUUGGGACUCGGACCCAACCCAUCCCGACCCAGCCUCCCCAGUUAAGCACAGGCACUACCAGACUCACAAACACCUAGAGUUAAUAUACACUCUUCUCACUAGGGUUGUUAUCCCUGUGACGUGUACCACUCUACAUGAACUGUGUCCCGCUUUUUAAUUUCCCCCUGCAAUGGCGUCUGACAGGUGUAUUGUGGGUAAAAAGCUUCACCAAAGGUCACAGUGGCUGUCUCCAUGAGAGGGGUCCAGCUGCAGACGCCUGUAGAGUGGAGCUCCACAGGAAACACGUGACCUCAACUAAUAGUUAACUAAUGUUAGCGAAUAAACCCUAACCUUAACUCUAACCCUAACCGGAGCUCCACUUUACGUCCUUAAAGAUCACGCGUUUCUUGUGGAGGUGACGCAUUUUGGGUGGAGCUCCACUCUACAGGCAUCUGCAGCUAGACCCUCUUGGUCUCCAUAGCCAACUAACCCCCCUCCCCCCAUCAUUUUUGUACUUAUGACUUUUGGCCCAUGACCUUGGCCUUCUACGCCCUCAUUUCUUCAUCCCAGCAAAAGUCCCUGGAUGUUCUACGGCCUUUCAAAUUCAAAAUGGUAUUGUAAAUAAUAUAUGGAAUGAAAAAGGAGAAAGUGAUUCAGGUUACAAAAAAGCUUUGUUUUGUGUGUUCUGUAUAAAAUUAGAAAUAACAGUAAUAAAAUUAAGAUUUUUUUUUAAA